CGUAAAUUGCGUCACAGGACGACACACGCCAGGCUUUUGGUGGGAAUAUGAGUUCGCUUCCACGUAUAUUUAUCUAAAAUUAAAACCAUCCAUAUAUGUUUUGUAAUGUUGGAUGCACUGCCGAUGUGACUGGCUAUGUGUCAAGUACAUAACCGUUUCAGAAUUUGUGCGUAACAUCAUUCAAGUUUUGAUAAAACCACCAGGCUAAUCAGGGAAAGUUCACUCUGCCUAUUGUUUGCUAGCAUGCUAUCACGUUAGCCUUCAGUAUAUUUGACUUAAAACAAAGUCAAUUUAAUUUGAUUUUCGAGGCUACGUUUACAGCAGCUUGAAGAACACUUUGUGCUUUAUGUUUUCUUAGUUGGUUAAUAUAGUGUUUAGUGGUUACGCAGUGCUCAGUUGGUUUAUUAUCCUUCACAUUGGCUAAUCAAACUGCAACCUGUCAAGAAUCAACAACAUGCCAGAAAUCCAACUCAAACACGUCGUGUCUUGCAGCACCGAGGACACUACACACAAGGCAGACAACCUGCUGAGCUCUGACACCUACAGAAAGUGGAAAGCAGCAAGAUCCGGGGAGAAGCAGACAUCAGUCAUUCUGCAGUUCGAGAAGGAGGAGCAGGUGCACAGCAUUGAUAUUGGAAAUGAAGGCUCAGCUUUUAUCGAGGUGCUGGUGGGGAAUUCAUCAGCUGUCAGAGACCAGGACUAUGAGGUUCUUUUGGUUACGUCUUCUUUCAUGUCGCCCACGGAGAGUCGUAACGGCACCAACAUGAACCGAGUGCGUUUCUUCGGGCUGAACCAGCUGCAGAAGAGCGCAGCGCAGGAGAAGUGGGACAGAGUAAAAAUUGUGUGCAGCCAGCCAUACAGCAAGAACAUAGCAUACGGACUGGCCUUUGUGAAGUUUCAUUCACCGCCUGGCCAAAACGAUCCUCUUCCAACAACCUCCCCAAAACUGACAAAGCUGGGACAGUUCAGGGUGAAGGAGGAGGCUCCGUCCUCUGGUCCCAGCCUUCAGCCUGGCAGUCUCUUCUUCAAUCGGGACAAUGCAACAAAGUCCACUACCUCUCCAAAAGCAGCCCUUCUCCCUUCAGUGUCUCCUCAGAGUGAGAGAUUGAGUUACGCUGCGGCUGCGCUGCAGGCUGGUGGCGGCUCGGCUUCCUCCUCCACAGUCCAGGCUUCCUCCUCCAGCUCCGCCACACCACAGCCACCGGCAAAAAGAAAAUUUGAGUUCAGCAAAGAGCAGAAGUCUUCCUCCGGCCCUCCCCCUUCGAAGAAAAGCCCAGCUGUCUCACCUGAGGGCAAAGCCGCGACCCCCAAACCCAAGCCGAGCCCCGCCGGCACGCCAAGCUCAAGCACGACGAAAGCAUCACCCGCACAGAAGUCUGCUGACAAGAAACGAGAAAGCCAAUCCAAAGCCGACCCUAAACCCAAGCAACCGAAAGCCAGCGCGCAGCAGGUCCCACUCAAACGCAUCCUGGAGGGGGUCGUGUUUGUCCUCAGCGGCUUCCAAAACCCCUUCAGAGGGGAUUUGAGGGAAAAGGCUGUGGAAAUGGGAGCCAAGUACAGACCUGACUGGACACCCGACUCCACACACCUCAUCUGUGCCUUCGCUAACACCCCCAAGUACAGCCAGGUGAAAUCAGCAGGGGGCAUCAUCGUUCGGAAGGAAUGGGUAAUGGACUGCCAUAAGAAAAAACAGAAGAUCUCCCAUAAACAGUAUCUGAUGGAUGGAGCAGAGUCAAGCUCGGAGAGCGAAAUGGAAGUAGAUGAGCAGAGUGAAGAGGAAGUGAGCACAAAGACCACACAAAAGCAGCAGAGACAAGUGACCCCGAAAAAGACGCCAGAGAAGAAGAAAGAAGAUGAUGAGUAUGCAGGUUCAACGGAUGUGGAUGAACCAGGAAGUGGUGAUGAUGAGUCUGCCGUGGACACAGAGGAUGAGCUGCAGAGGGUGGAGCACGAGAGCAGACAGAAGAAAGUUGCAGCAGACGUGACAGUGAAACAGGAGGAUCUGUACGGGGGGUCGACAGAUGAAAACACAGACGCUGAGGCUGAAGAGGAUCACCCCAUCCCUGAGCUCCCAGACUUCCUGAGAGGAAAGCACUUUUUCCUCUAUGGUAAAUUUCCCAACAACGAGAGGCGCCUGCUCCUGAGAUACAUUGUUGCAUUCAACGGACUGAUUGAGGACUACAUGUCGGAGAAGGUGCAAUUUGUGGUGACCAGUGAAGGGUGGCACGAGUCCUUUGAAGACGCACUGGUGGAGAACGGCUAUCUGAACUUUGUCAAACCCACAUGGAUUUAUGCAAUCAAUGAGCGACAAAAGAUUCUGCCCCAUCAGCCCUACUCCGUUAUCCCCUGAACAAUACACACAGAGGAGCAGACACACUUACACUUGUUUUCCUGUUCAAUGGAGGAAACGUUUUCCGUUCUUCUGAUUUUCAGCUUCGUGAGAGAAAAGCAAUAAACGUACUUCAGUUCAUCAAUGCCUUUACACUUUUUUACUUCAUGAAACUGUUUCAACCACAAUGUUCCUAUAGCUUUCGGCUAAGAUGGGAAAACAAAUAUUUUAAAAUGUUUUUUGUGUGUAAUGUUAGGAUAGGUUGUAUAUUCAUUGUUAGCUUUUUAGUUCAAGCUUGUUAGUUGUAGCUUGGCCAGAAGGGAACAUCUACAGCUUCAGUGUUGUGUCAGGUGCUUUUUUCUUCGUGAACAAAGCACACACGCUCUGAUUCAGAACUCCUCUGUUACUGAGAUGCAGUCUGUUGCGGCUCACCUCAAGAACCUCAUACUCUGUGUGGAAAUAAAUUACCCCCCUGUCCUCACUGCCAGCAGCACUGAUAACACUCUGACUUGUGUAAGCGGGCAGACCAUUAUGAGACCAGCACAAAGUCAGGUGAAGAAAAGGUGCCAUUUUUCUAAGGCUGCAGCUAUCAAAUGCAGAAAUCAUGAAACAACAGUAUUCUACAACAAUAAAUAAAUCCUGGAGUUUGUUUUUCUCCUUUUAUUUUAUUAAAUGCCAUGAUUUGGAAAGUGGUGGAGUGUGCCGAUGCUUGAUAAUUAUUGAGUUUGUGGUUCUUUUUUGAGUCAUGUUUGUGGAAUUUAUAUUGGAAGAGAUGGACAGAUUUGAGGAUGUGAAACAGACGUCAGUGUUUUGCGUCACUCGAGAUUUCCUAAAUGCUUCUCAAGACAAGAAGAAGAGAUGUAGAGCAUUCCUUCUACUUAUCUAAAGCAGUUUAUUUUAGACUCUUCAACUUGUUUUUGUUCUUAUGCUACUUAAUUAUUUUGUCUAAAUAAAAUAAAAAAGUUUUUAAUGAA